GCAGAAUAUUUAUGUUUUAUAUGAUAUUUGUAAUAUUUCAGGAUAUUGUUAAAUGGCCGAGUUUGGACCAGACUCAGGAGGACGAAUAAAGGGCCUGACAAUUGUAAAGCCAGUUAUUUAUGGAAACAUAUCUCGGUAUUUUGGAAAGAAAAGGGAUGAGGAUGGACACACUCACCAAUGGACGGUUUAUGUCAAACCCUAUAAAAAUGAGGAUCUGUCGACAUAUGUGAAGAAAAUCAACUUCAAACUGCAUGAAAGCUACCCUAACCCAAACAGAGUGGUAACCAAACCUCCUUAUGAAGUCACAGAAACUGGGUGGGGAGAAUUUGAAGUUGUUAUUAAGAUUUACUUCAAUGAUCCAAAUGAAAGACCAGUCACAAUUUAUCAUUUACUGAAACUGUUUCAAAGUGAGACUGAUAUUAUGCUGGGAAAGAAGUCCCUUGUUGCUGAAUACUAUGAUGAAAUGAUCUUUCAAGACCCAACAGCAAUGAUGCAGCAACUGUUGAACAGCACAAGACCUGUGGCAAUAGGAGCAUACAAACAUGAAACUGAUUUUGAAGAAAAGAAAGAAAAAACUAUAGAGAAAAUUUUAGCAGCUAAAACAAAAAUAAGAUACGAGAUCCAGGAAUUAAAUGAAAGGUUAAAGAAGAAAAAAGAGAGUAUCCAGAUUUUAAAAGACCAUACUGAAAAGCUAGAGGACGCUGAUGUCACAGAUGUGGAGAAUGUCACAUGACCAAGUCAGCAGUGUCUAUGGCUUGCUCGUUUAUUGAUUGAAAAUUAUACUGACAUUUUCAGUGGAGUAGAAAUUGAAUAUAGAAAACCAAAUGUUGUACUUCAAAUUUCCACUAUGUGUUCAUUGCUUUGAAUGAUUUUUUUUCUUGUAUACGUGAACAUUUGUUUUAGAAAUAAAAUAGAAUAACUUCUA